GUAGCCCAGCAUUACAACCAAAGACCUGAUGUUGGUGUAGAAAAGCGUAAAGAAUCAAAGAUCAUCCGUCUCCGAAGCUUCAACAACUGGGUCAAGAGUGUACUGAUCAAUACUUAUGUUAAGCCUGGAUAUAAUGCAUUUGACAUGGGAUGUGGCAAAGGAGGAGAUCUGAUCAAAUGGGCAAAGUCACGAAUCAGACAUCUUGUAGCAGCAGACAUUGCUGAUGUCUCACUCGAACAAAUGAAGGAUCGUUACAAAACUCUACGCGACCGUUCAUUUACAGCGGAAUUCUAUGCUAUGGACUGUUAUCAGGAACCUAUUGCACCUAAAUUGAAACCAGAUUUAAUGCUUGACGUUGUGUCAAUGCAGUUCUGUCUUCAUUAUGCAUUCGAAAAUGAAACAAAGGCUCGCCAGAUGUUGGAGAAUGUGAGCACGCGACUGAGAUCAGGAGGUUACUUCUUUGGAACUAUUCCCGAUGCCAACUGGAUCGUAAAGCGAGUGCGUGCAGAGCCGAAAGGCUCAUUUGGAUUUGGAAAUUCGAUUUAUCACAUUGAUUUUGAGGGUAUUGAAGAAGACGAAAGUGGAAAAAAGGUUGGAUUUACAAAGUAUGGAUGCAAAUAUAUGUUCCAUCUUGAGGAUGCCGUCGACUGCCCAGAGUAUUUG